CGCGUCCAGUCUGCCGCCUGCUGCCGCCGCUGUCGAGAUGUCCGCCCGCCGCUCGCUCUUGCUCCUCUUCGCUGCCGCCGUUCAGGCGGUGCCGACACCGACGGGGCUGCUCCCCGUCCCCAGCACCAAGCUGGAGCCGCCGCCAAUCCCUCAAUCGGCCGGCGACUUCAGCUGGGAAGACGUGAUCCCAAAGAUCCCCGAUUCCGACGAGAUGGGCAUUCCCAAAUGGGGCGACGAGCCCAGCGAAGAGCUGCAGCCGCCCCCGGUCGGUGUCUCCGUCGGUUUCCAGCUGAACGGCAAAGACUCUGCAAAGCCAAUCGACAUUGAAGUGAAGUACAAAGAACAGAAGCUGUCUGCACCAGACAGCAAGCAGGCCCAUCUGAAAGCCACUGUCCAACAGUUCCCCAAGAAGUACAGGCCCGACCUGCACAAAGCUGAGGGUGGUGCCAAGAAGAACCUGAGUCCAAAACCAGCAGUGCCAGAGCAGGAGCCUGCAGAAUCUAGCUUUUCUGCUAUUGUUGCGGGUGCAGGCACACAAAACUUGGGUGAUGAACCCUUGGGUGAUGCUGUUCAUCUCAGCAGCGGAGGAGAUCGAGUUGAAUUUCAGAUGCAUGGUCAAAAUGGACCAAACUCCUACAAAUUUGGAUUUGACACAGGCAAUGUGCACAACAGACUGAUCCGAUAUGAGGAGCGUGAUGCACAUGGCAAUGUGAAAGGGCAUUAUGGAUUCUAUGACAAAAGUGGUAAACUGCAUAUAGUCAAUUACUCUGCUGAUCCACAUACAGGUUACCAUGCACAGCCUGGAGUUGUUGGAUAAUAUGAUCUCAUUAAUGACAAAUACCACAGGAAAACAGUGUGCCAGCAAAUUUGGAGUUGUGGUCUGUUACUAUAGUCAAGCUGACAGUGCUCAUAAUACCCAGCGUAAUUGUGAAAUAUUUAUUUCUCACGUGUUUUGCAAAACCUUGCUCAUAUUCUCCCCAACAAAACGUAUAAUCAGUGGUCCAUUUAGUAUUUUACUGCAAAAGUUUUAAGGCCAGUUGCAAUACAGGUUGUCCGAUUCAGGACAUCCAAAGUUUUUUUUUCUGUUAUCCAAAUGACAUUCCUCUAACAAUGAAUGGCUUUUGCUAAACUGUUACGGUCUCCUUCUGAGUGAACAUCCUAUAUAGAUGUUUAUAUUGGCAUUAUCAUUACUAUUUCACAACAUAUGUGCACACUGAACAUCCCACUAGCAAACAUGAAAACAAUUAUCAGACUAAUAAUCUAAUUGCAAAUUUGAGAAUGAAAUAGUCGAGUGCACAAAUGCAGUAUAUCAGUGACAUUACAAAUUGCACAUCUAAGUAUGAAAUCAUCAGUUUUGUCUUCCAGCUGCAAGAUUACAGUGUACAUUUGUAGAGUGAUGUGAAGUUUUUUUUAUAUUUUUGUAUUUUCUUAUACAUUUUUUAUAAAUAUGUCUAGUCUCUAACUUGUUAUCUUGUUGAGUUUUGUAAACUUGUGUAUAGCAUGUUAAAGCAUUGAGCAAACAUGUCUGAUUAAAUUAUGAAGUUUUUAUUUGUUGCAGAUAUAACUGUUUUAUUGUAUUCCCUAUCCAAAAAUUAUCCAUCAUCAAGACAUUAAUAGUUCUAAUUGUUUUCUUCUGGUUGUAUGGAAUUCCAUUAAAAUUCAAAUAUGCUGAAACAGAGUUACAAGCAAUUUUUACAACAGCAAGAUGUCUCUUAUUAUGGUCAGAAAAGUGUGAUAAUAUAGUAUAUGACUCCAGAAUUCUCAUGCUGCAUCAAAUAAUUAAAAUACUCAAGGGAUAACGCGUGAGGAAAAUGUUUAGUUGCCCAUGUCUUGUGACACACACUAACACCACUUACUAUAAAAGGAGAACUGUAAAGUACCUUUCAAACAUUUAGUUAUUCUUGACUGAGUUAAAUUCCCUGGAAGAGGAAUAUCAAUAUGAGUGCUUUACUGUGAUGAAUGUUGCAUUGUACAGAGUUUCUUACAGUGGCAAAUAAUGGCAGUGUGAAUGCAGACUGUUCAGUAUAGGUCUUUGUUUUUAUGCUAAUGUUGUGGUGCAAAUAAAUGUCACCAUAUUUUGUUUAACAAUAACUGUUCUGACUUAUAAUACUGUGAUUUACUGUAAUUGAAGCAGCUCUAUGAUACAUUCAUUCUUUUGUUCAUCAUGUUCUAUAGACUACAUAAAGAAGAACAUUCAGGGAUGCACACAAAUUUGAGGUGUAUAUUAGCAAAUGACUAGGAAGUCACAUUAAGCUAAUGUGCAUAUUGUAUUAACAAUAAUCUAUCACUAUAUUGUUUGUAGUUAUUUGCACAAGUCAUACAUUUGAUUGGUUGAAAUGGAAAGAAAGCUGAUACUUUAAAAUAUUGCUGCCUUCUCAGUUACUCUAAACUGUAGUUGCUUGAACGACUUCAGAAGUUUCAAGUGUUUUCAAUAAAAGAAAUUUACAUUGUGGAACAUA